AUGUUUUUUGAGGACCACCUGGACGAGGCUCUCAGCAGGGGGAGCAGCACUGACAGCGGGGUGGACAAUGAUGCCAGCAAGAAUAACGGCAAUGAGGCGUUGUUGCUCCCUUCCUCCAGCGGCUUUGGUAGCCUUCUCAAGUCGCUCAUUCAGGCGACAGAGAAUGAGCGUUGCGCACCUGAUAUUUUGCCGUACCCUGAGGCCGUUGUAGACGGUGUGGCGGCGCAGAUUGCCGCACAGAAUGAACAGAUCAAACGCUUGAGUGAAGAGGAAAAACAAAAGGUAGCAGAAGGGGAAUCUGGUGCCUCUCUUCUCCCAUUCAAACAAUCCGACAUCAUGGCCCUGGAGGUGCAGCGCGCCCAGUUCUUUCUGUGCGAACUGCUGCGGUGCCGCCUGCGCAAGAUUGAGGCACUUUCACAGUCGAUCUUUUAUGAGGGUCAGUCGAGUGUGGAUGCACCGACGCAGUUGCGUGGGAUGCUGUCACACAAUGAGGUUAUUGUUGCUGACCGACUCGCGGAAGCGGCAGGCAAGUGUGUGAUGCAAGCGGGGCUUCAGUCUGCUCCGGCGGAACUGCAGCACCUCUUCCCGUCCUCCCCGUAUGGAGAGGGGAUGGAAAUCCUCCCAUUGCCGGACUUGGACCGCUACGUUUUUUGUGUUGUACUGGAGGAUUUGGGUGUAGUGCGCUUGGGAGAGGAUGCAGUGCAGACUGUGCACGCUGGCGAGAUCUUCCUUGUCCCUUACCGUUCCUUUCGACCGUAUAUUGUGGAGGGGCGGGCGCGUCUAGUCUGA